AUGGUGUCCCAGGAACCGGGGACCAGCAUUAGGCAGGUGAAUGGUGCGAAGGUUGCUGUUCCUGUGACUCUGCAGCGUGGGAUCCGAGUCGAGGAAAGGCCUCCGUAUGUGCUUGUCAGCACCCCCUUUGGCCUCCUGGCCCAGUUUGAUGGUGACCAAGAGCUCUUUGUCCAGCUGGACGAGAGAUACCAGGGGCAGCUGUGCGGUCUGUGUGGCACCUACUCUGGCAGCCAGCUGGAUGACUUCCAACGUCCGGAUGGGAUCCUGGAGCACGACCCCGACGCAUUUGGCAGCAGCUGGAGGGUGACAGACGACCUCUGGGGGUGCGACCCCUCAACCCCCGUCCCCCCGCACUGCAGCCCCGCCCAGGAGGUUGUCUCCGAAGACCUCUGCAGAGUGAUCCUGGCCACCCAGGGGCCCUUUGCUGCCUGCCAUGAGAGCCUUCCCCCACAGCUCUACUUCGAAAGCUGUGUGUAUGACCAGUGUGCCACUGGCGGAGCGGUGGGGCAGUUCUGCAAAAGCCUGGAAGCCUACGCUGCCGCCUGCCAACUGGCUGGGGUGGACCUCGGCGACUGGAAGAAGGAGACCGUGUGUGCUCCUCCCAGCACCAUCCCUACUGAGACAACCACUCCAACCCCUCAGACAGGACCCGGAACACCAACCCCACCUGCGAUCACCCUGCCCAGCUCAGAGUCCUGCCUGGUGUCCGGCGACCCUCACUACUACACCUUUGACAAGCAAACCCACCACUUCAUGGGCAAUUGUACCUACACCCUCUCCCAGCGGUGCCCCCACAACAGCUCUCUGCCCCAUUUCAACGUGGAAGCCACAAACGAGCACAGAUGGGGCAACACGCAGGUCUCGUACGUGCAAAGCGUGGACGUUGACGUGUCCGGGAUCCGGAUCUCACUGGGGAAGGGGGGAGCAGUGAAGGUCGACGGGAAGGAGGUCGUGGUCCCCACCUCACCGACGGCGGGUGUGGAAGUGAAGUCCAGCGGCUUCUACAGGGUGGUCUCGAUGGACUUUGGGUUGAGAGUCAAGUUUGACGGAGACCAUCAAGUGGAAGUGACGCUGCCGAGUGCGUACAAGGGCCAGGUGUGCGGGAUGUGUGGAAACUACAACGGGAACCCCGCAGACGACUUUGAGAACCCCCGCGGGGAAGUUGAGCCGGAUUCCACCAGCCUGGGAAACAGCUGGCUGGUCUCCAACCACUCCAGUUGUUCUUCAGGUCACGGUCCUGAGUGCAGCGAGGCAGAGAAGGAAGUGGCCCAGAGCAGCCGCUUCUGCGGACUCAUCCUGGACGUGACGGGUCCGUUCCGACAUUGCCACGGCGCCCUGGACCCAACCGGGCACUUCACCGGCUGCCUUUACGAUCAGUGCGCCCUCCACCUGGAUCCCGGUUCCCUUUGCAGGAGCCUGCAGUCCUACGCAGAUGCCUGCCAGUCCCUGGGGGUUCCCAUAGAGACCUGGAGGAAUGCCACCUUCUGCCCCGUCUCCUGCCCACCCAACAGCCACUAUGAGUCCUGUGGCACCGCCUGCCCCGGUACCUGUGUGGACCCGUCGGCUCCCAGCACUUGCGGCCUGCCGUGUACGGAAGCUUGCAUCUGUGACAGCGGCUUCCUCCUCUACGACGGCAGCUGUGUGUCCAGCCGGCAGUGUGGAUGCUGGCACGAGGGCAAGCACUACCCGGUGGGCUCCGAGUUCUGGACGGACGACACCUGCUCCUCCAAAUGCACCUGCCCCAGUCGGGGUGGCCAGCUGAACUGCCACAGCGCCUCCUGCCCGAAGGGUUCCUACUGCGGGGUUCAGAACGCCGUCCCCGGCUGCUACCCUUACACUUAUGGGGUCUGUCAAGCCUACGGAGACCCCCACUACAACACCUUUGACAAAGAGACGCACCACUUCAUGGGCAACUGCACCUACACCCUGGCCAAGGUGUGUGGCAGCAUCCCGGAGCUGCCCUUCUUCAACGUCGAGGCCAAGAACGAACAUCGUGGGAAUCCCUCCGUGUCCUACGUCCAGCGGGUGUUGGUGGAGGUCUACGGGCAGCAGAUAGAAAUACUCAAGAACCACCCCAAUCAAGUUCUGGUGAACAAAGUACUAACAACUCUACCAGUGAUCGGGUUUAAGGACUCAGUGACCGUGAGCAGGAGCGGACGAUACGUGACCCUGGAGACGGAUUUUGGGCUGACAGUCUCCUACGACACCGACCACUCGGUGGAAAUCAGGGUGCCCACCACCUACUUCAACAGGACCUGUGGGAUGUGUGGGAACUUCAACAACCGCCGGCAGGACGACUCCCUGAUGCCCAACGGAAGCCCAGCCCAGAGUUCCAUCGAGCUGGGAAACAGCUGGAAAGUGCCCGGCGCAGAACACGACGAGCCCUCUUGCGGUGUGGAGGGUCCGAAGCCCCCGUGCCCCCCAGAGCAGGAGGAGCUCUACAAGACAGACGCCUUCUGCGGGCUGCUGAGCAGCAGCCAGGGCCCUUUUGCAGCCUGCCAGUCCGUCCUCAACCCCCAGGGCUUCUUUGACAGCUGUGCCUUUGACCUGUGUGCCUACCACGGGGACCGGCAGCUCUUGUGUAGUGCUCUGGAGACCUACGCCGUUGCCUGCCAAAGAGCCGGCGUGGUGCUUCCCGGCUGGAGGAAUGCCACUUUCUGCCCCCCCGCUUGCCCUCCCAACACCCACUACGAGCCCUGCUGGACUGCCUGCCCGGCCACCUGCCUCCAGCAAGAGGCUCCUGGAAACUGCAGCCAGCCCUGUGCCGAAGGCUGCGCUUGUGAUGCCGGACUGGUGCUCAGUGGCGGAGACUGUGUGCCCGUUGCCAGAUGUGGCUGUGUGCAUGCUGGCCAGUACUACAGCGAAGGAGAGAGCUUUGUAACGGAGGGCUGCACAAAGCACUGUGUGUGUCAGGGCAACAGCAAAAUGGAGUGCACACCUUUAUCCUGCAGCCCUGAUGAGGUCUGCAAGGUCCAGCAUGGCCUGAGGGGGUGCUACCCAGCCAGCACGGCCACCUGCCACGUCUACGGCGAUCCGCACUACUCCACGUUUGACGGGAGGCUGCACCACUUCCAGGGCGCCUGCAACUAUUCCUUGGUGCAGGCCUGCGACAACACCACGGCCCCUUUCAGCAUCACAGCCCGGAAUGAGCACCGAGGCAGCCCUCGCUGGACAGCCCUGAAUUCAGUGGCUGUCACCCUGAAGGGCCUGCACAUUGCGCUGAGGAAGGGCAGGGCAGUCUACAUUAACGGCAUUUUGGCCAGCCCUUCGUUGGUCUCUCUUCCUGAUGCAACCAUCCAGCAGAUUGGGUCCUACGUGCAGGUGACGACAAACCUCGGGGUGCGGGUUCAGUUUGAUGGCAACCAGGACCUCUUGAUUACCCUUACUGAGAAGUACCGUGGGAGAGUGUGUGGACUGUGUGGGACCUACACAGGCAACCCCGGGGAUGACUUCUCCACUCCUGCUGGAGAGACUGUGGAGGACGUCAAUACAUUUGGAGACAGCUGGAGGAUCCCGGAUGACAAAUGGCCGUGCAACUCAACAGCCGUCCUUCCUGAGACUUGUCCUCCUUCCAAUCAAGAAGCAGCUGAGAAGCAGUGCCACCCCCUUCUCGCCGGCGACGGUCCAUUCUCGCUGUGCCAUUCCACCGUCCCUCCCCGGCCAUACUUUGAGAGCUGCACCCAGGAUCUGUGUGCCACAGGCGGGAGUUCUGCGCAGCUCUGCAGUGUGCUGCGGUCAUACGCCGCUGCUUGUCGGGCAGCUGGAGUAGUUCUGGGAGACUGGGAAUCAAAGACCAUCUGUGAAUCCUGUUUCUUCAACUGCUCCUUUGAUGGAGACUUCUGUGAGUGGCAGCAGUCUGUGGUGGAUGAUUUUGACUGGAGUCGCACAAAGCAUUGUGCCCUGCUGGCCUCUGCCGGGAAUACAAGCGCCUGCAGUUCUUCAGGGGGUUACUACAUCUACGCCGACAGCCACUUCGCCCACGUGGGAGAGAAGGGCCAGCUGAUGAGCCCAGAGUGCACAGCCCGAGAGCCGUCCUGCUUCCGCUUCUGGUACCGCAUGGCGGGGGCCUCGGAGGAAGAUGCCCUGAAGGUCUACCUGGUCCAGGAAGGGGCAGCCGACCCACUUCUGGUGUGGUUAGCAUCCGGGAGCAAGGGAGACCGCUGGCUGCCAGCAGAAGUGGAUUUGCACAUCUCUGGCUGGUUUCAGAUCCUUCUGGAAGGUGUGACAGGCUCAGACAACCAAACAAGGCUGGCAGUUGAUGAGGUGUCCCUUGAUCCUGGCUGUUGCCUUGGUGUAGAAGAUCCUACGCCACCAGAGCCCAGCCCAACAGGUGAGACAACCAAAGGUGGAACAACAGUUGGGACAAUCCCCAUGCCUGUCCCUGAGACAUCCACCCCACCAACGACAACUGCUAUUAGGACAUGUCACUUCAACUGCUCUUUUGAUGAAAGCUUCUGUGAAUGGACACAAUCCAUGCUGGACGACUUUGACUGGAGUCGCGCAAAGCAUUUCUCACUUGGAAGUCCUCCUGCUGUUUCUUCAGGGAGUUACUACAUCUACGCCGACAGCCACUUCGCCCACGUGGGAGAGAAGGGCCAGCUGAUGAGCCCAGAGUGCACAGCCCGAGAGCCGUCCUGCUUCCGCUUCUGGUACCGCAUGGCGGGGGCCUCGGAGGAAGAUGCCCUGAAGGUCUACCUGGUCCAGGAAGGGGCAGCCGACCCACUUCUGGUGUGGUUAGCCUCCGGGAGCAAGGGAGACCGCUGGCUGCCAGCAGAAGUGGAUUUGCACAUCUCUGGCCGGUUUCAGGUCCUUCUGGAAGGUGUGACAGGCCCAGAGAACCGAACCAGGCUGUCUGUCGAUGAGGUGUCCCUUGAGCCUGGCUGCUGCCUUGGUGAAGCUCCUACUCCCGAAGAAGCCACUCCCUCAGGGCAGCCCACUAGCCAAGUGACCAGUCCUCAGCCCGAGACACCGGUCCCUGCCGAAACCCCUGUGCCCACAGAAGCAAGCACUACCGGGCAGCCCACUAGCCAAGUGACCAGUCCUCAGCCCGAGACACCAGCCCCUGUCGAAACCCCUGUGCCCACAGAAGCAAGCACUACCGGGCAGCCCACUAGCCAAGUGACCAGUCCUCAGCCCGAGACACCGGUCCCUGCCGAAACCCCUGUGCCCACAGAAGCAAGCACUACCGGGCAGCCCACUAGCCAAGUGACCAGUCCUCAGCCCGAGACACCAGCCCCUGCCGAAACCCCUGUGCCCACAGAAGCAAGCACUACCGGGCAGCCCACUAGCCAAGUGACCAGUCCUCAGCCCGAGACACCAGCCCCUGCCGAAACCCCUGUGCCCACAGAAGCAAGCACUACAGGGCAGCCCACUAGCCAAGUGACCAGUCCUCAGCCCGAGACACCAGCCCCUGCCGAAACCCCUGUGCCCACAGAAGCAAGCACUACAGGGCAGCCCACUAGCCAAGUGACCAGUCCUCAGCCUGAGACACCGGUCCCUGCCAAAACCCCUGUGCCCACAGAAGCAAGCACUACUGGGCAGCCCACUAGCCAAGUGACCAGUCCUCAGCCCGAGACACCAGCCCCUGCCGAAACCCCUGUGCCCACAGAAGCAAGCACUACCGGGCAGCCCACUAGCCAAGUGACCAGUCCUCAGCCUGAGACACCGGUCCCUGCCGAAACCCCUGUGCCCACAGAAGCAAGCACUACCGGGCAGCCCACUAGCCAAGUGACCAGUCCUCAGCCCGAGACACCAGCCCCUGCUGAAACCCCUGUGCCCACAGAAGCAAGCACUACCGGGCAGCCCACUAGCCAAGUGACCAGUCCUCAGCCUGAGACACCGGUCCCUGCCAAAACCCCUGUGCCCACAGAAGCAAGCACUACCGGGCAGCCCACUAGCCAAGUGACCAGUCCUCAGCCCGAGACACCGGUCCCUGCCGAAACCCCUGUGCCCACAGAAGCAAGCACUACCGGGGAGCCCACUAGCCAAGUGACCAGUCCUCAGCCCGAGACACCGGUCCCUGCCGAAACCCCUGUGCCCACAGAAGCAAGCACUACCAGGCAGCCCACUAGCCAAGUGACCAGUCCUCAGCCCGAGACACCAGCCCCUGCCGAAACCCCUGUGCCCACAGAAGCAAGCACUACCGGGCAGCCCACUAGCCAAGUGACCAGUCCUCAGCCCGAGACACCGGCCCCUGCCGAAACCCCUGUGCCCACAGAAGCAAGCACUACCGGGCAGCCCACUAGCCAAGUGACCAGUCCUCAGCCCGAGACACCGGCCCCUGCCGAAACCCCUGUGCCCACAGAAGCAAGCACUACCGGGCAGCCCACUAGCCAAGUGACCAGUCCUCAGCCCAAGACACCGGCCCCUGCCGAAACCCCUGUGCCCACAGAAGCAAGCACUACCGGCCCAGGGGAAACGACCAGCCAGCCGCUUCCGCCUUCUCCAGAGGCUCCUGCUUCAAGCACCCCCAGCGGUUCCUCCCCUUCCACCUCUCAGGCAACAGCCAGGCCGGCCACAACUGCCGGGAACCAUCCUCCACCUGCAGGCCGGGCCACCUGCAGUGCCUCUGGGGACCCCCAUUACACCACAUUUGAUGGCCGAGUCCACCACUUCAUGGGCGUUUGCACAUACACCCUGUCCAGGGUCUGUGGCAACUCCAGCGGCCUGCCAGGCGCCUUUGACAUCUCCACCACAAAUGAGCACCGGGGCUCCAACACGGCCGUGUCUUACGUCAGCUCCGUGCAUGUGGAGGUGUAUGGCAGCCAGGUCUCCUUGCUGAAGAACAGGAAAGUGAAUAUCAACGGCAGUAGAAGGGAGUUGCCCGUGAUAAUCGGGAACAACCAGAUCACAGUGCAGAUCAGUGGCAGUUACAUCCUCUUGGAAACAGAUUUUGGGCUGGGAGUCCGAUUUGAUGGAAACCAUUAUGUGGACGUUUCUGUGCCUCCAGCUUUCCAGGGACAGCUCUGCGGCAUGUGUGGUAAUUACAACAGUGAUCCACGCGAUGACAAUCUGAAGCCAGACGGGAAGCCUGCAGGAGACUCCACCCUCCUGGGGGACAGCUGGGUUGUCCCAGCCAACAGCACAGAGUGCCCCAGUCUGCCUCCGCCUACUUGUGAGCCAGAGAUGGAGAAUGAAAUUCGGAGGAACUCUGCAUGCACCAUGAUUACAGAUUCAACAGGCACCUUCAAGGACUGUCAUGCUGUGGUGGACCCAGCGCCUUUCUUUGAGAACUGUGUUUAUGACGUCUGCCUCACGAACGGGCAGCAGACCUCCCUCUGCUACGGACUGCAGGCUUAUGCGGAGUCAUGUGCCAAUGCUGGAGUGUGUCUGGAGUGGAGAAACUCCACCGUCUGCCCUCUAUCCUGCCCUGCGGGGAGCCACUUCAGAAGCUGUGGGGACCGGUGCUCCCCCAGCUGUGUGGCCCCCUCCUCGCUGCUCAGCUCCUGCAGCCCCUUCCCCGUGGAAGGAUGCUUCUGCGACGAAGGCUUCCUCCUGAGCGGAGACCGAUGCGUCCCUGAGAGCAGCUGCGGCUGUCUCGAUCGCCAGGACACGUACCAUCAGCUGGGCGGCAGCUGGUUCUCCAACGGGGUCUGCAGCGAGCGCUGCACCUGCGGGCACAACAACACCAUCACCUGCCGGCCGUGGGAAUGUGGCGUGCAGGAGACGUGUGGCGUCCAGGACGGCGUGUUGGGCUGCCACCCCAGCAGCCGAGCAUCCUGCCACGUAGUCGGGGACCCCCACUACUACACCUUUGACAAGGUGAUGCACACCUUCUUGGGGACCUGUACAUACACCCUCGUCACAGUCUGCAACAGCAGCAGCAGCGUCACCCCUGUCACCAUCAGUGGCAGAAACGAAGACCGAGGCCAGACAGGGGCCGCCUACCUCCGGGAGGUCUACGUUGACGUGUACGGCAUCCGGGUCACACUUCAGAAGAGCAAGAGGAUCCUGUUUGAUGACGAGAGAGUCUUCGCGCCUGUGGAGAGCCGCUCCAGAGGAAACGUGGCCGUCGGGAAUGUGGGCAUUUACGUGGUGCUGGAGACCGACUUUGGACUGUUGGUGAAAUAUGACGGGAGCCAGUACCUGGACAUCAGCCUGCCAGGGACUUACUUCUCUCAGGUGUGUGGCCUGUGUGGGAACUACAACGGCCGGGCUGAGGAUGAGCUGCUGCUGCCCAGCGGAGCCCAGGCCAAGAACGUCACCCAGUUUGGGAACAGCUGGAAGGUGGAGGCGGACAGCGAGGCCAGCUGCGUGCCAGACACACGGGAGGAGCUGGGGCCCCCCUGCACCCCGCAGGAGAAGCCAGCCAUGGAAGAGCAGUGCAGCGUCCUGCAGUCCAGCCCGGCCUUUGCGCCCUGCCACCGCCUGGUCAAGCCGGAGCUCUUCGUCCAGACCUGCCUCUUUGACAUGUGCAAGUAUGGCGGGAUGCGCUCCACUCUGUGCGCCAUCGUGCAGGCCUACGCUGACACCUGCAAAGCCGAGGGGGCCGUCCUCAGCUGGAGGAACAGCACCUUCUGCCCCCUGCCGUGCCCUUCCAACAGCCACUACACGCCCUGCGCCUCCCUUUGCCCCCCCACCUGCAACAACCUCUAUGCUGACGCUCUCUGUGAGAAGCCGCCGGGGGGGUGCCUGGAAGGCUGCGCCUGCAACGAGGGCUACGUGCUCAGUGACGACCAGUGCGUGCCGCUGAGCGAGUGCGGCUGCCGUGACGGGAACGACAACUACCACAAGGUUGGAGAGAGCUGGGUCACCCCGCACUGCAGCCAGAAAUGUCGCUGUCGUCCGGGAGGCAUCAUCAAAUGCCAGAGCUUUGACUGCGAGGUUGGGGAGAUCUGUCAGCUCAAGAACAAUGGGAAGUACGGCUGCAAACCAACAGGCUUCGGGAAGUGCUUGAUCACAGGGGACCCUCACUACCUGACCUUCGACGGCCUGCUGCACCACUUCCAAGGGACACACACCUACGUGGUGACCCAGAGCCGCCCCGACGCUCCGCAGCGCCUAGAGCCCUUCAGCGUCAAGGGCAAGAACGAGGCCCAGGACACGGCCGGCAAGAUCACCUUCCUCAACGAGCUGGAGAUCACGGUCUACAACCACACGGUGCUCUUCAGGCAGGGGAAGGAGCUGGUGCUGGAUGGAGUGGUAACGGUGCCUCCAGCGCAGCCUCACGAGGGCCUUCGCAUUCAACAGAGGUCCACCCAGAUUUUCCUGGAGACAGAUUUUGGCUUAUCUGUCAGUUUUGAUGGGGCUGAGAACUCAGACCUCACGCUGCCAAACACCUACAAGCAGAAGGCUGAGGGGCUGUGCGGCAACUUUGACGGGAAGUAUAAGAACGACUUCCGCACGCCAGACGGCACGUUGGUCAAGGAUGUGCACACCUUUGGGGAGAGCUGGCGCGUCCCCGUCGUGAGGGGAACCUCCCGUCUCAGACGUCACACCCUUUCCGAAGAGGAGUUGGACGGUGCUGAACUGGACUUGGGGUUCACGCUCAACUGCACCCUCAGCCAGCUGCAGCAGGUCAACAGCAGUUCCAACUGUGGCAUGCUGGCAGACCCAAGUGGGCCCUUCCAGGCAUGCUCUGGCAAUGUCUCUUCAGCCCCCUUCCUGAAGAACUGCCUUUACGACAUGUGUGUGGAAAGCGACAGGCGGGCUGUGCGGUGCCGCAGCUUGGAGCAGUAUGCGCUGGCCUGCCAGGAGAAGGGCGUCACCCUGGCGGACUGGAGGGAGAGGACGUCCUGCGCUCUGAAGUGUCCUCCGAACAGCAAGUACAGCCCCUGCACAUCUGCCUGUCCGGCUUCGUGUGCAGACCUGGCUGCCCCGGCGGAGUGCCAAGGCCCCUGCCUGGAGGGCUGCCAGUGCCUUCCCGGAUACGUCCUUAGCGGGUUCGACUGCGUGCCCUUCCGGGAGUGCGGCUGCACCUUCCUGGGCCGAUAUUACAAGGCUGGGGAGAGCUUUGUGACGGAGGACUGCAGGCAGCUCUGCACGUGCACCGACAGCUCCAGCCUCGCCUGCUCCAAGGCUGCGUGUGCCCCCAGCGAGGUCUGCACGGUGGCCAACUUCACCCGCGGCUGCUACAGGGCUGGCUCCUGCCUGCCAAACCCUUGUUUGAACGAUGGAGUUUGUAGCGAGAGUGACAGCCCCGCGGGCUUCAACUGCACCUGCCCUGUGGCCUUCCAUGGUGACCUCUGCGAGAUUGAGGAGGCACAGACAGGAUCGCCCCCAGGGCCGCCGGCCUUCACCCUCUUGUACAUCAUCCUGGGCAUCGUCGGAGCAGUCAUUCUUGUCCUGGCAGUGGCCAUUGCUGUGGUGCUUUGCGCAUGCCGGCCCAGAAAACGUGCGCAAAACCCCCGGGGGAGAGAUGCCUGGUCCUUGCACCCUUCCAGACUCCCUCGAGGUGCUCAGCAAGGCCUUGGCGACCUGUCCAAUCUCGCCUUUGAAGAGGACUAACCCAGCCACUUGGGAGUUCUUUCCUGGCACUCCGCAGCCUUCCUUGUUGCCCACUCUGUUUGGAAUUAGUGCCUCUUUUUCCAAGCCUUCCACCCAGACUAAAUAAAAGCUAAAAUACAAACA